AUGAUUUUUAAGCCGAACACUGCUCAAAAAGUCAUUUCGACAACAUUUCUAAAAUCUCGUAUUCUCGCCAGACCCUUGUCCAUCGUCUCUUUUGAUAACUCGCAGAUCACGGUCGAUUUAGGGCAUGAGAGACCGAACCAUGUCUCAUUCCAAACCAUCUUUCUUAGAGAUGCCUGCGGCUCGCCCGAAUCAAUUGACAUUUCCUCCCGACAAAAGUCGUUUUCCACCGCCCAAAUCGCGCGCAACCUUCAGUUGGCCGAGGAUCCUAUUGUAGUAGAUAGUAGUGAGCCCACGCUUCAUGUGGCUUGGAAACACAACGAUGGGUCGGUCAGUGAGUCCGACUAUGGCUUGUCGGAAUUGCGGAAGUAUAGUAGUAUGAAGAACCGGAUGGCCGGGAAAUUUUUCCGCGAUCAGCAGAAGUUCUGGAAUAAGUCUGAUCUCAUCAAGGAGAUGAAGAGCUUGAAUGUAGACUAUCAUGCAUAUCUCAGUGGGGACGAAACGUUCAAGAAGGUGGUCAAUUCUCUCAACAAGUUUGGAAUAUGCUUCGUCAACGGUAUCGAUGAUCCUACGAGAAAUCCACAGACGCAGGCUCUCACGGAUGCCAACACGGGACUCUGGCCAGUGUCGAAGUUGGCGAAGCGGUUUGGGUACAUCAAGGAGACCUUCUACGGCACAUUAUUCAACGUCAAAAUUGAGGCAGACGCAAAGAACAUCGCCAACACAGAUGUGUUCUUGCCGCUUCACAUGGACUUGUGCUACUACGAGUCUCCUCCUGGGCUCCAGUUGCUUCACUUCAUUCAGAAUUCGACCACUGGUGGCGAGAAUGUGUUCGCAGAUUCCUUCUUGGCUGCCCAACAUAUUAGAGAUAGUGAUCCGGAGGCUUACGAUGCCUUGAAGAGAGUGCCCAUAACUUUCCACUACGAUAACAACAACGAAUACUACUACUAUCUUCGCCCUCUCAUUGUUGAGGACCCAUAUGUGCGCUGUCCGGAGACUGGAAAUGCUCAGAUCAAGGAGGUUAACUACUCGCCUCCAUUCCAAGGACCUUUUGAGUAUCAUGUCACUCGCGAUGAUGAUCCAGUCCUCUUCGAUGCAUUCAUCAGAGGAAUGAUUGCGUUCGAAGAAUAUGUGAACAAUGCGGCCAACCAGUAUGUCGUGAAAAUUCCCGAAAACACAUGUGUCAUAUUCGACAAUAGACGUGUAUUGCACUCUCGUUUACAUUUCUCCGCAGCCGAUGGCGGAGAUAGGUGGCUCAUGGGUUGUUAUGUUGAUGGUGACAGUUUUAGGUCUAAGUUGAGAACAUACAACAGGGAUUAA